CUGAAAACAACCAAUUGCAUGAAGGGGGCGUGGAGGAGCGAGCGGCUACAAAGACCUGUAGAUCUGUUCACGCGGGGUGCCUAAAGAUAAACUAAAAUCAUGACCGAGGAGGCAUUUCAGAAGGCAGCUGAGGAGGUAAAACAGCUGAAGGCAAAGCCCACUGAUGCUGACAUGCUGGACGUUUAUGCUCUCUACAAGCAGGCCACUGUAGGAGAUGUGAACAUUGAUCGACCUGGUCUCUUUGACUUCACUGGAAAAUCUAAAUGGGAUGCCUGGAAAGGAAAGGAAGGUACAAGCAAGGAGGAUGCAAUGAAGGCUUACAUCAGUAAGGUGGAGGAGCUGAAAGAAAAACAUGGAAUCUAGCUACCUGAACUGUGUGGUUCACUAGCCUUUAGGCCAGUCUGUCGGAUCAUUUUCUUCUGUAAAAUGCCUUAAGGAUCCUGGUCUGUGCCCUUGCUGGUAUCCACUAAAUGCCAGCAUCACGAAGCAUCGCUGUGGUAACGAGAGAGCAUUGGGGUCCCCCCCCCCCACAUAUUGGGCCUUCAGAAACAGUCCCCCUAGUGACUGUCGUGAAACCCUCCUCUGACCCCUGUACAGCCCACAACUGACAUAAAUGUCAUUUGGUUUCAAA